AUGAACUUCAUUGCCAAGCACUUCUUCGAGUAUCAAUCAUUCGUCAAUAUGCCACAUAAAGCCGUUCAACUACAUAAAACGCCACCAUCCCAAGCCGGGGCAGAUCCAUCCUCAGGUUGGGCCCCGAAGAACAUGAACAGAGCCGGCAAAAAUCAGCCUGCGCCUGCAGCGAGGGCUAACAGGUUGCAUCGAACUAUUUCAUUGCUGGUUGUAGAGCUCAAAGAGGAAAAGGUCGCCCCACACAAAGAUGCAUGGACAAAAUUCCUAUCCAACGAGGAUCCUGGCCAGAGGACGGUGUUUGACAGCGAGCUUGAAGAUCGAAUGCUUGAGACAGAAGAAGAGACGCUACCAGAGCGAAUUUCUCGAAUUAGCGCAGAUGAUCUUGAGUUCCAGAUGGCUUACAACGCCAGCAAGGUUCGUAGCCUAAAACAACCUAAGCAUAUCUGCUAAAA